AUGGUGCCUUCGCACAUGAUGCAACCAUCAACAGUCCAUCUACAGUCUCUGGCGAACACCAAACGUCCAUGGCGACCCAAUGGCGACACUUACAUCGCUCUCGCCAGUGCGAUGGUCAGCAUCGUGCUCGGCGCGCUCCAGGUGUGGGCGAGCUGGCCGACAAAUGCGGCCGAACGAUAA